AUGACAAGAUGUGGGCAUUUUUACCAUACGGAUUGUAUACUUAAAUGGUUUGAGACGGCCAAAAGUGACUUUGACAAGUGCCCAACAUGUCGCCGUGCUCAACUAAAAAUUUUUGUACCUUCAGACAUUGAUAAAUUAAAUAAGAAAUUAAAGGAAGUUGGUGUCGAAUUUAAGAAAAAAAUAAAUAUUCGAUCGAAAUUGUCAAAUGCUCAGAUACAAUUACUCAUUCAAUUAGGCUACUCAAUCGAGUAA